UGAGUCAAGGGUCAAGCUUCCCCGUAAGGAGGAAGCUCCGCGGUGCAGUUACAGCCUCAGGAACCCCCCCAACCCACUUCCAUCACUUCCCCGCGGCUGCGCCCCCUUCCCGGGGGACGAGCCCUGGGCCGGGGCCGCCGGGGCGGAGAAGGGUCGGCCCGGGGCGGGGAGAAGCGUUUAUAUAGCUGCGAGGAAGAGUUGGGAGCUGCCGCCCGUCUGCGGGACACCAGAAGCCUGAGGCUUCCCGCGCUACCUCUCGUCCCUUCCACGGUCCCUGAGGUCCCCCUCGGUCACCCGUUCGGCGGCACUCGCCGCUUCGCUGCGGGCGGAGCGGUGCGCUGCGCUCUAUUCUGUGCGCUGCAAGGAGACGCGCCCGGGGCUUGGGAGGUGCAGGGCUGGGGGCAGCGUGGACAUUUCCCCGAGAUUUCAAGUUGUUGAUUUUUCAGGUUAUAAUAUGAAAAUGCUGCUGGUUUUUUUCCUCAUGAUAAUUUGUGCCCAUGUUUCUGUCAACCAACAUCCUGGCCCUGAGUAUGCCGACGUGGUGUUUCUGGUGGACAGCUCCGACCACCUGGGAAUUAAAUCCUUCCCAUGGGUGAAGAUGUUCAUCAACAAGAUGAUCAGCAGCCUCCCCAUAGAGGCCGACAAGUACCGCGUGGGCUUGGCCCAGUACAGCGACGGGCUCCAUAAUGAAUUCCAACUCAACACCUUCAAGAGCAAAGGCCCCAUGCUGAACCACCUCAAGAAGAACUUCGGGUUCCUGGGUGGCUCCCUGCGCAUUGGAAACGCACCGGAGGUUCACAGGACCUACUUCUCCAGUAGGAGGGACAGGAAACAGUAUCCCCCCAUCCUGGUGGUCAUGGCUUCCGCAGACUCCGAGGAUGCCGUGGAAGAGGCCGCUGAGGCCCUGCGCAAAGAUGGAGUGAGGAUUAUCUCUGUGGGGAUGCAGAGGGUGUCCGAGGAGACCCUGAAGGCCAUGGCCACGGGCCAGUUCCGCUACAACCUCCGAACAGUCAGAGACCUCAGCGCCUUCUCCCAAAACAUGACGCAGAUCCUCAAGGAAGCAAUUCAGUACAAGGAUGGAACAGUCAAUGACAUUCUUGUGGAAGUUUGCAAAGGUUCUUCUGUGGCUGAUGUUGUGUUCCUGUUGGAUGUAUCCAUCAAUGGCAGCUGGGAGGAUUUUGACUAUCUUAAAGAAUUCCUGGAAGAAAGUGUGUCUGCUCUGGACAUCAAGGAAAACUGCAUGAGGGUCAGCCUCGUGGCCUAUAGCAAUGAGACAAAGGUGCUUAACCCGCUGAGCAGGGGCAUAAACAAGUCGGAGAUUCUCCAGCACAUCCAGAGCCUCUCUCCCCGGACUGGGAAGGUCUACACCGGAGCUGCCUUGAGAAAGAUCAGGAAGGAUGUCUUCACUGCACAGAAUGGCAGUCGGAAGAAUCAGGGGGUGCCUCAGAUCGCCGUGCUGGUGACCCACAGCCCAUCAGCGGACAACGUGACCAAGGCUGCCGUGAACCUCCGGCGCCAAGGGGUGACCGUCUUCACCCUGGGCAUGGAGGGGGCCAGCGACACCCAGCUGGAGAAGAUCGCCUCUCACCCUGCCGAGCAGUACAUCUCCAAACUGAAAAGCUUCUCUGACCUGGCCGCCCACAACCAGACGUUUCUGAAGAAGCUGAGAAAACAGAUAACUCAUACUGUCUCUGUGCUAUCUGAAUGGACUGAAACCCUCAAAUCUGGUUGUGUGGACACUGAGGAAGCCGACAUCUACCUGCUCAUCGAUGGCUCUGGGAGCACCCAGGCCACAGACUUCCAGGAAAUGAAGACCUUCCUGUCAGAUGUUGUAGGAAUGUUCAACAUCGCUCCCCAGAAAGUGCGGGUCGGGGCUGUCCAGUAUGCCGACCGCUGGGACUUGGAAUUUGAGAUCAAUAAGUACACAAACAAGCACGACGUGGGAAAGGCCAUUGAGAAUAUCAGGCAGAUGGGCGGCAACACAAACACGGGUGCAGCCCUGAACUUCACCCUGGGGCUGCUGCAGAAAGCGAAGCAGCAGCGGGGAAACAGAGUCCCAUACCACCUGGUGGUCCUGACCAAUGGUGUGUCCCAGGACAGCGUCGUGGGGCCAGCAAACAGGCUAAGAGAGGAGCUGGUCCAUAUCUAUGCCAUUGGGGUCAAGGAGGCCAACCAAACACAGCUGCGUGAAAUCACAGGCGAAGAGAAGCGGGUGUACUACGUGCAUGACUUUGAUGCCUUGAAAGAUAUAAAAAACCAGGUUGUUCAAGAAAUCUGUGCUGAAGAAGCUUGCAAAGAGAUGAAGGCUGACAUCAUGUUUCUGGUGGACAGUUCUGGCAGUAUAGGACUUGAAAACUUCAUCAAAAUGAAGACAUUUAUGAAAAACCUGGUGAGCAAAUCUAAGAUUGGAGCAGAUCGGGUGCAGGUUGGCGUAGUCCAGUUCAGUGGUGACAGUAAGGAAGAGUUUCAGCUUGAUAGAUACAUGUCCCAGAGUGAGAUUGCAGAUGCGAUAGACAGAAUGGCUCACAUUGGACAAAAUACCUGCACCGGGAGUGCCUUGACCUUCGUGUCUCAGUACUUCAGCCCUGCCAAGGGGGCCCGGCCCAAUGUCAGGAAGUUCCUCAUCCUCAUCACAGACGGUGAAGCUCAGGAUGUAGUCAAGGACCCGGCAGAGGCACUUAGGCAAAAAGGCAUCAUUAUCUACUCCGUGGGGGUGUUUGGCUCCAAUGUCACCCAGCUCGAGGAGAUCAGCGGGAGACCUGAGAUGGUUUUUUAUGUUGAAAAUUUUGACAUUCUGCAGCACAUUGAAGAUGAUCUUGUUUUUGGGAUCUGCAGCCCCCGUGAAGAAUGCAAGCGCAUUGAAGUUUUAGAUGUCGUGUUUGUAAUUGACAGCUCUGGCAGCAUUGACCAUGAUGAGUAUAAUAUCAUGAAGGACUUUAUGAUUGGCUUGGUGAAAAAAGCUGAUGUAGGCAAGAAUCAGGUCCGGUUCGGGGCUCUGAAGUAUGCCAAAAACCCGGAGGUUCUGUUUUAUCUGGAUAGACUUGGCACAAAAUGGGAGGUGAUCUCCGAGCUCCAGAAUGACCAGCCCAUUGGAGGCGACACUUACACGGCCAAGGCCCUGGACUUCUCAGACCACAUGUUCACUGAAGAUAGGGGCAGCCGCCUGCACCAAGGGGUCCCCCAGGUCCUCAUAGUGAUCACUGAUGGGAAAUCCCAUGAUGCUGAUGAGCUCAAUGCCACUGCCAAGGCUUUGCGGGACAAGGGCAUUCUCGUCUUGGCCGUGGGGAUUGAAGGUGCCAAUGUUGAGGAGCUGCUGGCCAUGGCAGGAUCCAGCGACAAGUACUUCUUUGUGGAAACCUUUGGAGGCCUGAAAGGGAUAUUUUCAGAUGUGUCCACCAGUGUGUGUAACUCUUCCAAAGUAGAUUGUGAAAUUGAAAAGGUCGAUCUCGUGUUCCUCCUGGAUGGUUCAAACAGCAUCCAUCCAGAAGACUUCAAGAAGAUGAAGAAUUUCUUGGCGUCUGUCGUUCAAGACUUCGAUGUCAGUGUCAACAGAGUGCAGAUAGGAGCUGCACAGUUCAGUCACACCUACCGGCCAGAGUUUCCCCUGGGAAUGUUCACUGGCAAAAAGGAGAUCUCAUUUCAGAUUGAGAACAUCCAGCAAAUCUUCGGAUACACGCACAUUGGUGAAGCGCUCCGGCAGGUGGGGCACUACUUCCGGCCAGACACGGGCAGCAGGAUCAAUGCAGGGACCCCACAGGUGCUGCUGGUCCUCACGGACGGCAAGUCCCAAGACGAGGUGGCGCAGGCCGCCGAAGAGCUGAGACACAAAGGUAUCGAUAUUUACUCCGUGGGCAUUGGAGAUGUGGACGACCAACAGCUCGUUCAGAUCACCGGCACCGCGGAUAAAAAACUGACCGUGCACAGCUUUGACGAACUGAGGAAGGUCAAGAAGAGGAUCGUUCGCAACAUUUGUACCUCAGGGGGCGACAGCAAUUGCUUUGUGGACAUUGUGGUGGGAUUUGACAUCUCAACUCAGCAAAAUGGACAGACUUUGCUCGAAGGUCAGUCUUGGAUGGAAACUUAUCUUCAAGACAUCUUACGUGCCAUUAGCUCCCUCAGUGGGGUAAGCUGUGAGGUGGGCACAGAGACUCAGGUUAGUGUGGCUUUUCAAGUGACCAAUGCCAUAGAAAAAUAUUCCCCAAAGUUUGAGAUCUACAGUGAAAACAUACUGAAAAACUUGAAGGAUAUAACAGUUAAAGGACCAUCUCUUCUCAACGCAAAUCUCUUGAGUUCUCUAUGGGAUGCAUUUCAGAAUAAAUCUGCUGCUCGAGGAAAGGUGGCUCUCUUAUUUUCAGAUGGAUUGGAUGAUGAUGUUGAAAAACUUGAACAAAAAUCUGAAGAACUUAGAAAAGAAGGUUUGAAUGCCCUCAUCACUGUUGCUCUGGAUGGAGCCACUGAUUCCAGUGACCUGGCUGAUCUUCUCUACAUUGAAUUUGGGAAAGGAUUUGAGUAUAGGACCCAGUUCACUCUUGGAAUGAGGGACCUAGGCAGCCGACUGUCAAGGCAGCUGGUCAAUGUUGCAGAAAGGACAUGCUGCUGUUUAUUCUGCAAGUGCGUCGGAGAAGAUGGCACAAUGGGAGAACCUGGACCAGCAGGGAAAAAGGGACCCCCAGGUUUUAAAGGCAGCGACGGCUACCUGGGAGAGGAGGGCAUUGCUGGGGAAAGAGGAGCCACUGGACCAGUGGGAGAGCAAGGUACUAAGGGAUGCUAUGGCGCCAAAGGUCCUAAGGGAAGCAGGGGACUGAAUGGACAGGAGGGAGAAGUUGGGGAAAGCGGAAUUGAUGGGUUAAAUGGAGAGCAGGGUGACGGUGGUUUUCCCGGGGUAAAAGGAGAAAAAGGCGAUGAAGGAGCCCAGGGAAUCCCGGGGAAAAGAGGGAUUUCUGGUGACCAUGGACCAAAGGGCCUACGAGGAGACCCUGGAGUUCCUGGAUUUGACAAUAGCAUAGAAGGACCCAAGGGCUUGAAAGGAGAACAGGGAAGACAGGGAAGAAGAGGCUGGCCAGGCCCCCCUGGAAUGCCAGGCACCAGGAGAAAGACAGCAGCUCAUGGCCGGAGGGGACAUACAGGCCCACAGGGGGAAAUAGGCAUCCCAGGCCCAGAUGGACUUGCAGGCUCACUGGGACUGAAGGGCCCUCAGGGCCCAAGAGGAGAGGCUGGUGCAAAAGGAGAAAAAGGAAGUCUGGGCAGUAAAGGUCCCCAGGGGCUUCCAGGACCAGCAGGAGAGGCAGGGAUUCAAGGCCGUUUGGGAAGCCAAGGAAAUAAAGGAGAACCUGGCCUUCUGGGAGAAAAGGGAGCCAUUGGUCUUCCAGGUCCUCGAGGCUUGACGGGUGAUGAUGGCAACCCAGGUUAUGGUGGCAUCGGAAAUAAAGGAGCAAAGGGCCAAGAGGGAUUCCCUGGAGAAAUUGGACUUAAGGGUGAGAUUGGGGACCCUGGGAGUCCAGGAGAAACUGGACCCAAGGGAGCUACAGGCAAGACGGUGUCUGCUGGGCUUCCAGGAGAGCCAGGAUCCCCAGGGGAGCUGGGACCUCCUGGACGCAAGGGCGUGAAAGGGGCCAAAGGGUUGGCUUCAUUCUCCACAUGCGAGCUGAUUCAGUAUGUGCAGGAUCACAGUCCUGGAAGACGUGGAGAACCGCGGUGCCCAGCACAUCCCACUGAGCUGGUGUUUAUGCUGGACCAGUCCCGGGGUGUCACGGAGCCGGAGUUCCUACGGAUGAAGGAGAUGAUGUUAUCCCUGCUGCGUGGCCUCCGGGUCCGGGAGAACCACUGCCCCGCGGGUGCGCGCGUGGCUGUGCUCUCCUAUGACUCCCACGCCAGGCUCCUCAUCCGCUUCUCCGAUGCCUACAAGAAGGACCGACUCCUCAGGGAGAUCGAGGCCCUCCCUUACGAGCGGUCCUUGGCUGCCAGGGACAUCGGCAAGGCCAUGAGGUUUGUCUCCAGGAACGUCUUCAAGCGGAUGCUCCCAGGGGCUCACACCAGGAGAAUCGCCACGUUCUUCAGCAGCGGCCAGUCCAAUGACGAGACCAUCACCUCAGCCGCCUUGGAGUUCAGCGCUCUGGACAUCAUCCCGGUGGUGAUCGCCUUCACCAACGUGCCCUCCGUCCGGCGCUCAUUUGCGAUUGACGACACUGGCACUUUCCAAGUCAUCACAGUUCCAUCCGGGACUGACUACACACCAGCCCUAGAGGGACUCCAACGGUGCACUUUUUGCUAUGAUGUGUGCAAGCCGGAUGCUUCCUGCGAUCAAGCCAGACCACCCCCUGUGCAAUCUUACAUGGAUGCUGCGUUCCUUCUGGAUGGCUCCCGGCACAUGGGAGGGGCAGAAUUUGAAGACAUCAGAGGCUUCCUGGGAGCCCUGUUAGAUCACUUCGACAUCACCCCAGAGCCCGAGACCUCUGUCACUGGAGACCGGGUGGCCCUCUUAAUCCACGCUCCCCCCAACUUCCUGCCCAACACUCAGAGGAGUCCCGUUAAAACUGAGUUCAAUCUCACCACCUACAGGAGUAAACGCCUCAUGAAGAGGCAUGUGGAAGAGUCAGUUCAGCAACUCAGUGGAGAAGCUUUUAUUGGUCAUGCCUUACAGUGGACUCUAGACAAUAUCUUCUUCAGGACACCCAACCCAAGAAGAAACAAAGUCAUUUUUGUGAUAUCUGCUGGGGAAACCAGUCACUUAGACCAGGAAAUCCUAAAGAAAGAAUCCUUGCGAGCCAAGUGUCAAGGUUAUGCCCUGUUUGUGUUUUCCCUUGGCCCUUCUUGGAAUGACCAGGAACUUGAAGACCUAGCCAGCUACCCUUUGGAUCACCACUUGGUUCAGCUUGGCCGCAUUCAUAGGCCUGACCACAGAUAUGGCGUGAAGUUUAUGAAGGCUUUUAUAAGCUCAGUCAGACGUGCAAUCAAUAAAUAUCCACCAAUAAAUAUCAAAGCUAAAUGCAACAGACUCAGCUCUACAAAUCCACAGCAGCCCCCAAGGCAAUUGAGAAGUUUUGUUCCUGGACCACAUAGAGCUACCCUCAAAGAAGAUGCAUUACAGAAGGUAAAAUUCUUUCAACGAAGAAACUAUCUUUCAAGAGUAGCAAGAGGCAGCAGAGAUAAUACUGUUCAGCAUUUUACCAGAAACAUACCCUCUAUCUUUAGAAACGGAAAAAGGGUGAUAGAAACUGCUCCCAAAUAUGAUGAAAGAAGCACUCCAAGAGUUUAGCCUCAAGAAGCCUGUCAAGACUCUGGGCUUAAAUAAAUUCAUGGCCACAAUGAUGGGGAGCUUUUACCUGGAGAUCUGCCUGCAUCUGGAGGUCCACUCUUGAGGGCUGAACAUGCCACAGGUGGCGGGUCAUCAGGCAACUUGACCCCUUUGCAGUCACUGCUAUUAAGAUAUAUCUUGUCCAUUUAUUUGAACCUUCCUGAUAAUUCUAGCACUCUGAGACUGGUGUGGUUAAGAUCUGUUCUUAUUAGAAGACAGAAGACUUUUAAAAGGAGUAUUUUGAAAAGUCUAAUGGAGAUAAAAUUUGAAGGUAAACAUUACAGUGUGUAUACACAUGUGUACAUGGGCCAGUGCUCAUGCUUUUGAACUGUCCAGUCCACUCUCUGAAAACCAAGCCUUCUUUCUCAGCUUGGGACUGUUUAAUGCUUAUCUGUUUCACUGAAGGUUAAUGUUUUGGGAGAUGUCAACAUGAACCCUAAGAAUGGGUGCCAUUUGCAUGUCAUAACUUUGAAAAUUUGAACUUCCAUGGUGAUUCCAUUUAAACCCAUCACUGUCUUCUCUGCCUAGAUCAACUGAACAUGCAGUUGGCUUAUGCAGGAAGCUUUCCUCCACCUUCUGCAGUUGUUUGUUUAGACAGGUGAGAACCAGAGGGUAGUUUUCCCCAGCCCCAAAUCCUCCUUAACUCACUGAGAAACUCAUUAAUUUCCCUAGAACAUAAAUUAUGUGGAGCCUCUGGCCUGGCCAUUUUGAUAGUCUUUUAUUCUUCCUUUCCCAUUAUUGACAUUUUUUAAACUAAUCAAUGUAUUCCUUAGACAAGAAUAGUAAAGACACAACUUGUUGUGGGUGAGACUCUGAGUUACCCAUUGGGUAGCUCUUUAGUCAAGAGUGAAGAGCACCAAACAGGAUGAGCAGAGCUCUAAAAAGAGCUUAAAUGCACAGUGUGUUUGGAAAAUAAAAGGGUUCAUGUUUUAAUCUACAAAUCCUUAUGGGGUUACAGAGAUGAAAAAGCAAUCAGAGUUACAGCAGGAAAGGUCUUCAAAGUGCAUAUCCAGUGGCUUCUUCCUCACUCCUAUCCAGAUCAUAUAAACAAUUUUUAAUCUUAUGAUAGAGCUGAUAUCAUCUACAACUAAACGCCAAAGUAGCAUUACUUAAUUUAGACGCAAUGUCUGGACCUGACCUCUAGCCGCACAGACAACCACUCCCUCCCAGAGGGAGGCCCCCCCAUGUGGAUUCGUGAGGUACAUGGUUCCUGACACCAAAGACCAGUAGGUAUCAUCUGACUUUCUUCUCUAUACCUCUCUUCAUAAAACUUGGGAACGAAGGUCCAUCUGCAAUGGUUCUUUAAUUACUUCUGCCAUCAUUACCCAGGCAGCUCCACAGAAAUAGUUCCCAAUGUCUUCAGAGAGCAAGGUGUCAAAUGUCAGAGACAGGCUCAGUUAAGAGAGGAGAAUAAACCAUAUGGGCUUUCUUCAUGCAUCCUAAGUGGUGUUUAGGGGUUUAGAAAAAAUCUGUUUCAAGCCCAAGAAAUUGAUAAGCAGUCUUUGAGGUAUUUUAAUAAAAAGGAUUUUUCUAGUUAACUUUGGAUUAAACAAAAAUUCCUCUGUUAA